AUGGUGACCACUGCGUUGAGUUGGGAGACGCGACUCAAGCUGGAGGGCGUGCUCGCUGACAAGAAGUCGAUACGUGGCACGCGCAACCUUGGAAAUCUUCAAGUUCAUAGCAUCUCAUUCCGCAACCAUAAGCUCUCGUGCGACAAGUUCAGCUCAAAUAGCUUUGCCAGACCGGCCAUGGUGAAAACUCUUGGGGCUGAGUUCAAUGGUAACCGACAGCCAGGCACCCCAGCAAUGGCGCGAAGCAACCGCACUACGUUGGCAGCAUGA